AUGACUGUUCUCAGCACAAUAACCCCCGUCCCUUCGGAUGAGAUCUUCGCCUUGAACCGCGCAUAUUUCCAAGAUACUUUCCCACAAAAGGUCAGCCUGGGAGUUGGCGUGUACCGCACCGACGAUGGCAAGCCAUGGCCCCUCCCCGCCGUGCGCGAGGCCGAGCAGCAACUGAUGGCUGAAGACAGCCUCUUCAGACACGAGUACACGGCGAUUGAAGGUGACGUCGCCUUCCUCGAGCUGGCUCGGGACGUGAUGUUCGGUUUCGACGGCCAGAACGCCUCCGAGAAGCACAAGGCUCGCAUCGGCUCCGUCCAGACCGUAGCAGGCACCGGCGCAAACCACCUGGGCGCGAUCUUCCUGGCCAGGCACGCCAAACCCAAGACCAUCUGGCUCUCCAACCCAUCCUGGGCCAACCACAUGACCAUCUGGGAGCUGGCAGGCGUCCCGCGCCAGACCUACCCCUACUACAACCCGGCGACCCGCUCCUUCGACUUCGACGGCAUGAUGGCCACUCUGGAGGCGGGUGCGCAGCAAGGCGACGUCGUCCUCCUGCACGCGUGCGCGCACAACCCCACCGGCCUUGACCCGACCAAGGAGCAGUGGAAGGCGAUCGUCGAGCUCUGCGAGCGCAAGAAGCUCUUCCCUUUCUUCGACUCCGCGUACCAGGGUUUCGCAUCUGGCUCGCUCGAGGAGGACGCCUGGGCCGUGCGCUACGUCCUCAACGAGAAGCCCGCCAUGGAGAUGUGCGUGGCGCAGAGCUUCUCGAAGAACUUCGGCCUCUACGGGCAGCGUGUCGGCGCGUUCCACUACGUGCUCCCCCAGGGCGGCGACAGCCUGCGCGACACCGUCGUCAAUAACCUCUGCCACCUGAUCCGCGGCGAGUACUCCAUGGGCCCGACAGGCGGCUGCAAUCUCGUCAAGAAGGUCCUCACGAGCGAGGAGCUCACGGCGCAGUGGCACGAGGAUCUGAAGGUGAUGAGCUCGCGCAUCCGGGCGAUGAGAACGGCGCUCUACAACGAGCUUCUGCGGCUGCAGACUCCCGGAUCUUGGAGACACAUUGUCGAACAGAACGGAAUGUUCUCCUACACCGGCCUCACCCCCGCCCAGGUCUACGCUCUCAAGGACAAGUACCACAUCUACCUGCUCAAGUCCGGCAGAGCUUCUAUCAGCGGCUUAAGCCAAAAGAACGUCGCCUACGUCGCCCAGGCCAUCGACGACGUCGUCCGGAACGUAUAG